AUGCAAAAAUGCGUUGAAAUAUUGACACUUAUUUGUCGAAGUUGGUCUAAACAAUGGACAAACAGUUUACACAGCAAAUUGUCGAGAGAAUAUGGACCUUCUGGAUUUAUUUUUGAAGAGACAAUAUUUGAUUUUCCUCUAAAAGUCUCCUCGGCAGUCUCUGGAGUUCUUCAACCUCCUUCUACAACACAUUUAGAUCAACAACAAUCGAAUUUGAAGAAGGGAUGUCUUAGCAAACAUAAAGCGUCAAAAGGUUCAACAUCUUUUACUUCCCAACACCCAAAACUUGUUUAUGCUUCACUUAAGCCUUCAUUUGAUGAAAUAUAUACUGAGGACAAGCAACAGAAUUCGUCUUGGUUUGCUGCUCCGGGAUCUCCUUAUAUUCCUCUUCCAAGUUUUACUGGAGGAAAUUUUUCUGUAGAUCAAGAUCUUUGGAAAACAACUCCCUCAACAAACACUUUCCAGCAAUGGACAAAUUCUCCAAUUUAUGACUUUGGCAAUUCUAAUUUGAUUAGUGAUUUAAUUGAGGAUUCGAAAUUUGCUAUUGAACAGACAAAAUUAGCUCUUGAACAAUCUAAACUUUGUAGUCAAAUGGUUUGGAAAUUUUUUUUUGAAAAUUUUUAUUUUGUACUUUAA